AUAUCGUUUAUUAGCUUGCAGCCACUUGCAGAAAAAGGUUUUAUUGGCGUCUUCUGGCUGGAACAAGAUGGAUGGAUAGAUGGAUGGAUGCUAACGGCUGUACCUACGUUACUUUGGGCUGUACCCUUUAUAAUGAAUGGCAGCUUGCACCACCUAGCCUAGAAAUUAAAAACCAAAAGUAUGAUUGCUCCCUUCGCCCCUCUGCAAUUUUCUAACGAUGACCAGGCACUGUGGGAUAUCAUCAGGGUGACCUUUGGGGGAUCAUGCAAAAAAACCCAAAAGCAUCACCUCAACCCUUUCCUCCCCCCUGCCUCUUCCUUCCGGCAGAGAAGUCGCCAAUUUUGCUCUGGUCAAACCGGGCCCGCUAGGAUACGGGGUUGAGACUUUGGGCCGGAGCUACGCGGGAGGGAGUCCUAAUUUUCUUUCGUCUCGCCUGUCCCCAACUGUGUCAGUUGUACGUCAUUCAGUUUUCCGUAGAUAAUUUCCACCGGUCUUCUAAUCUCCUCUUCGUUAUUAAAAUGCACUUAUCCAUUCUCGUCUGCAAACCCCAGUGCACCGGUUAAAUCCGUCCCCCCCUCAGGAAGGGCAGGAGCAAGCCCUCACCACAUAUCCAUUUCUUCAUACUUUGUCCUAUAUGUCCUAGUCCUCAAUAUUCCUGUUCUAGCCUCACAGAACAGAACUAUUCUAGUAUAAAUGUAAUAUAAAUGCGAAGAACAUUAAUUACCCGCAUGCUAUCCAUUCCAAGUCCUGUUCUAGCCUAUUGUGAUCUCGCCCAUGCAGUAGAAGAGGUCCAUAAUGAUACAGGUAUCUAAAUUCUCUUGGUUCCACGUUUUUUGCCCAACCAGCUCGUUUCUAGAGGACUACGCUGAAGGGAAUAAAAAAACGAGGCGAAAGUUGUCUCGAUCGCGUUUUAUUGGGGGUAGAGGGGAAAAAAAAAAAAAAAACUGUUGACGUUAAAGAAGUUGGAAGGGUGACAACCAGCCAUGAAUAUGGGUCAAAUCACAACUAAUUAAUUAAAAACCGAGCGUGUUAGUAAGGUUAAAUUUUACACAUGAAAUAAUGAACGAAUAGGACGGAUCAUCUCACAGAACACAUCUUUCAACUGUGCUGUGCUCCGUCCUCUUGGAUUAUUCUUUCGUGAGUAAAAUUCACGACCAAUACCGGCGUCGAGAAACGCGUAAGCGUUUGCGGGUGUUUGAACAGUUAGCUGCUUGGGAGGGAUUAAUAAAGAGCGCGCGAGUCAGCUGUUCAUUUACUUGGUCGUCCUUCUUCAUCGGACGGGCGCGCGGUACCUUGCGAGCACGUAACAGACUCUACACAGAGGAGAGGAGCCCUUUUCAAUGACAGAACGGGCCAAACGGGCCCCAACGUCAUGUUGAGAACCCAGCAGAUCACAGGGACCUCCGGCACGCGGCCAUUUUGUAUCGCACCGUAGGCGGCGCUUCAAACGGCGCCUCCGCUUCCUCCGGCCGCUCUGGGGUCCGAAGAGAGAAGCGCCUAUUUUCUGUCGGGCCGCGAUGUCACAGGGUGCAGCGACUCCAGUAUGCAGCUGAAAAAAUGGCCUCGACGCCCGAGCAAGUAGUGUGCACACCGACAUUCGUCUUUCCAGCCGCCUUCCCAGAAACAUAUGGCAAACUGCUGAUUGCUGAAGCAAGCAGCUGUUACGGAUUCGACCCCCGGCAGCACCUGGCUAAUUUCCACGCCAGCACGGUGCCCGGCGGCCAGCAGUCGGUGCAGUCCGAGGACCAGCAGCCCGGCCUGAAGGCAGCCCACUCGCAUAAGCCGGUGCCCCGGGGCUCCUUGACUACACUCAAGAUACCGCAGAUCCCGCCAAGCGACUUUGGGCGCAGCCUGAGCUCGGCGCCCGUGGCCUUCCCGGGCAUUGAGCCGGCCAAGCCGAAGCCCGAGCCGCCUGAGGGGGCCCCCAAGGGCGAGAAACUGUGGCCGUGCCCGUCGUGCAAAGUGCCCUUCAAGGCAGCCUCUGAGCUGCAGCAGCACCUGGGGCAGCACGCGCGGUCAGAGCGGGCAGCUGGGGCGGUGCCCUGCGAGGUGUGCGGCAAGCUGUUUGCCUCGGCCGAGCGGGUGCGAGCGCACGUGCGAGCCUCGCACGGCGAGAAGGCGUGUGCGUGCGAUAUCUGCGGCAGCGGCUUCAGCUACCGCUGCAAGCUGCUGGACCACAUGCGGACGCACACGGGCGACAAGCCGUACCGGUGCGAGGUGUGCGGCAAGAGCUUCUCGCAGAAGAACCACCUGACGCGGCACGCCAUGAUCCACACGGGGGAGCGGCCCUUCCCGUGCGACUUCUGCGGCCGGGGCUUCUACCGCAAGGACAAGCUGUCGCGCCACCGGCGGGUGCACACAGGUGAGCGCCCCCACGUUUGCCUAGCCUGCGGCAAGAGCUACGGCCGGCGGGAGAAGCUGGCACGGCACCUGCGGGCCCACGCGGGCGAGCGGCCCUUCGCGUGCGCCCAGUGCGGCCGGCGCUUCCUCGAGCCCCGGGACUUGCACAGACACAAAUGCCCCUCCCGUUCCAGUGGCCAGCAGCCCCAGGCGGAUGGGCUCCUCCUCCUUGCCGGAGGCUCACCUCCACAGCUCGCAGGCCUCUACCAGCGACUCCAGCAAGCCGCCCCCGCCGCUGGCCAGCCAGAGUUUCGGCCCCGGCUUCAAGCCUGACUGGCCCCGGCACUGACUUUGCAGAGCCCACCUUGCGGGGCCCACGCGCCUUCCUAGCCACUCUAUUUUCCCGUACUAGCCGGACAGUGGGACACUGGGCCUGCGCGAGUUCCAACGCUCGCCUGCACUCUGGCCGCCGUCUGCUCUGCCGAUGCUCCGAAGGCGCAGGAGCAGCAGGUGCAGAUUGUGCUCCCCCCUAGUGUAGUGGGCUCGCCAGUCAGUGUGUCUACGAUGCACGCACCAUGUCUGUUCUGCUGCAGUUGAUGCAAGGCGCCUUCAUGUAUGCGAGACAACUGUACAUAGUCAAGUUUAGCCGGCUGCAUCUGCGAGAGAAUGCUUGGCACGAGAUUACUUUCUAUCCCUAAACAAUCACCUUUGUGUAGCCCAGUAAGAUAUAGUACAGAAAUUUGCUCAAGCUUUUUUUUCCCCCCUUCAUUGAUGGCUGGGCAGUGUGUGGCUAUGUAAUCCAUCCUGAAUAUGCAAAGAGGUUAGAUCGGAGGAGUCGACACACCUCAUCUAUGCCAACAACAAAGGAUCAAGUGGAGCCGCGUCACGGGAUGGAAAGGAGAAGCCCCCACGAUCAGUCGGCAACUCCGCAGCACCCUGCCAUGGCGGUAAAAUGUUCCGCGUACGAUAAAGAGACCAUGUGCGAGUGAGAAAGAAAACGGCAAAACCGGGAAAGGUACAGAAAAACAUGUAGUACUCCACAGUUUAUAUUGCUUGGUGCCAACUCCUCUGUACUUCAUACCUUGUGAACACACCCCCUUUGGAGAUUCCUUAAUGAACCUAAGGGUUUAACCCUUUGACGGUCAAGCUUUUUCCCCCAAAGAGAUAUUUUACAGUGGUCCAGUUUUGUUUGCAAAGGCAUAAUAUAAAGAAAGCAUCAGUGUGCAGGUCUUUUCUUAAUUAUCUGACGGGAGUAUGUACGGUGCUUACAAGCUGUUUAGGUUUAGAAGUAUCAGAUGAAAAUAUUGAAGGCAAAAAGUUGUCCCCUUUCUUUCGUUCAAUUUCACGCAUUCGCUUCCGCGACAUUCCAGCGGCUUCAGAUUCCUAGCCAGAGAUACUUUAUACAACUUCUCGAUCAGAUGACGAGUUAUCAUCCUCUAAAUUCUGAAAAGCGUUAAAGUCUGAAUCGGAAGAGCCAGUGCUUCCAAUAGCACUACCGCCAGAGCGGUCGGUACGCUAAGUGGGCAUCACGUGCACGGAGCAACUAAUUUGAAAACUAUAAAUUGCCCAGCAAUGCGAAACAAUCUUCGAUAUAAUGUUUAUAAUUCACUAAAGACGUAGCAAAUGGCAACACCUCCCGCAGUGUGUGCAGUUUCGCUUGCAUUUAGGCGGGCAAUUUCAAAUGUGUAAUCGCCACCGUACAUGUACCGCGACGACCGUCAAAGGGUUAAAUGGCAUUGGCGGGUAAUCUAGAGAAUAGACCGAUCUCACCAGCCAGUAUGACUACGCCACCGCUGCCGCAAUGCAUCGUGGGAACUUUAGUCUUUCUGCACGUGCGACAACCUCGCUGGAGCUCUGCGCGUGUGGAGCACGAGAAGGCACGAGCCCUCGUGUGCACGGCCGUCUGCCUCCUGUGAACUAAAGUUAUGGCGGUGUCACGCAUGCGCCGAAUGCUUAGUGAGAUCGGUCUAUUUUGUGAUGCAGCAUGAUAGCACCCCAACUAAGUGCAAUGGUCCAAGCACAGUCGUGCAGAGUGUUUGCAUAACACAAAUAAAAAGAAAUGGAUAAAUGUCGGAGCUUUAAGGACAAUCCUUAAGGGACAUUAAAAAGGUCAAAUCUAUCAACUAAAAUGAGCUUUGGGAAGGGACAGAGUUUGAGGACCUUGCUUGCCUUUGUACUGAAUGCUGGGCGCAUACUAUGGGGGAAAUUAAGGAAGUAGAGAGAACAAAUAGAUUCUUUUUUAAAGUUUGAUUUCCUUUAUUCUCUUUUUAGCAUAACCACUUUUUCUGCAUAAAUCUCUGCUACUAAAAAGAAAAAAACAUUAAAAACGGCUUUUUUUUUCUUUUUUUUAAUUUUUGCAAUGCAUAGUGUAUGUGUUAUAAUACACUUUUGUAAAAAGUGCCUCCCGAGAAAGCAGAGCAGGAAGGCAACAUGCAUGCGUGCUGUGUCGCAUCCGGUACAGCUUUUCUGCCACUUGUCUCAAAAAGUCUCCUUCGGAUGCACUGCUUGCCGACAGCGGCAACACUUAUAGAGAAAGCCCAACUUUCAGGCAGCGCUGCUAGCUUCCAAGUUGUGCAUUCCUUAUGUUUGAAAACUGUGAGAAAUUUGCUGCUGCACUCUGCUUGAGCAAAGACAAACUGCUUGCGCUGCAUCCACGAUCCAUGAGGCACCAAUGCAAGAAGUAUUUCUUCGUUUUUGAGUUCCAAAAUUGGGUGACCUUUUUUAAAUCAUUUUUACACUCAUGUUCUAUAGUAAUGGAGUCAUGCAUUGUAUGGUUCAAUCUGAAGUAUUUUGGGAUAAUUUAGAGUGCCCAUCAAUGUAGAAUUGUGCGAGUUUUGGGACUUGUCUAAGAUAGGCGAGCACAUUUUUGCAGAACCGUGUCAGUAGGAAGGUGUGAAAAAAUUUUGCUUGUCAUGUGCCCUGAAGACCUAAAAGUGGUACCUGGUAGUUUGGCCCAGAGGUGGAGCCCCUGACCUACAACGCAAUGUUGCUCGAAACUUUUAUAGCUUUACAUUAUGAUUACGGUUCCGUGUUUUCGGUAUUUAUUUUUCUUCAGAUUAGGGGGUUAUUUAUCGGAAUUUGUUUUUUCCCUUUGAAUCGGUGUUUUUCAGCAUGUAAUUUCGCUUCUGGAGAUAAAUCUGUGUUUGUCAGGCUUGUGUUGUAAAGUGACUGUAUAAUUACUGGAGCAAAUAUUAUAAUUUAUAGUUCACCUGACAUUUAUUGAAUAAGUACCAGACACUUUACACAAUUUAUGAAUGUUAAAUUAAUGAAUCUGGCUGUCUCUGGUGCAGACGGUUCCACGUGCAUUCACUCUUCCCAACCUGCGGAAGUUAUAAAAAGUUUCAAAGAAACGGGUUUCGUUCUCCGCAUUAUUCCGGGCGACGUUUUGCAUGCUCGUUUGGACUGCUUUUAUUGCCCCCAAUGUCGCUCCACUGUCUUUUUUUUUUUUUUUUUUUUCCUAUGCUUCAGGAAACUUGUGCUUAGCCUAAAUAAUUGGAAACCAUCAUGCUGAUAAAGAUAAGAGAGAGGAACAGAGUAAGGGAAAUGUGGUUUCGAUAGAGAGGAAAAACCCAAAGGACAGUUCAGUGACUGUGUUCCGGGUCAAUGAGAAAAAAAAAGUGGGAAGAAAGUUUUUUUUUUUUUUUUAAGGACAGCUCAUAUUUUGGCUUUUUUGGUUUUCAUUGAUUCAGAGAAAGCCGCUUUGGGGGUUAAUUUCACUGUGUAUCUGUAUAUACCGAAAACACAAAACCCUAAUUACAAAUUUUUUUUUUUUGAAUUUGGGGAAUUUUAUUAAAAAGCUGGGGAAUUUCUUAGGGUGGUGGGGGGGGAUGUUCCCUAAUAUUGCAGUAGAGAUUGUCAACACAACAUUGGUAAUGUGCGGUCACUUGUACGAGGAGCAAUAGAGUUGGUUGUAAUCACGGUAACUGUGUUCUUUAUCUAAAUGUGUCUUAUCAAGGAACUGACUCUACACUAUGUGUCCCAUAUAAGUCAUGCCAUUCGUGUUGUUUGCACGCUGUGCUCUUUGAACAACAGAUUCUGCAAAUUCUGUGGUCCGGUGUUUUUGUCAUAUUUAACCCCUACAAUGCUCAAUUUCAAGUUUGUGCACAUCCCUCUCUUCUUUAGGAUGAAUGCUUGUUUCGAAGUGAAUGUGCGCUGUGUACAGUUCUGUGGCAGCAAAUUCGGGGCGACAGGUGUAAGCAAGAAGUUUCGGCGAACUAUUGUUCACAUUUCCGAUUCUGAGCACCACAUGCAGUGUUUUUUGACUUCACAGCUUUGUGAUGAACGCUGCUGAUGAUGGGAAGGCCUCCCAGAGCCCGGACAACAUACCCGAAAUGAGCAUGGACUUCUACUUAACAGUCGCUGUAUUUUUUGUAUAGUCCUAGCAUUGAGGCAUUUUCUUGGGCAUAGCUUCUGGCUUGCACAUUUUUGACGACAGUGGGCUACAGCCGACGUUUGUUCUGUUCAGUGGCACACUGUACUCAUCGAGGCAUCGGAAGCAGCCGCAAGCACCUUGUGCCAAAUCUACCAUUCUUUGGUUAAGAGCAUGCGUGUUGUCAACAAUAUUUUUGUACAUUGCCAUAGCUACCUCCUGUCAUAUGGUGCGUCACGAGAAUCGUCAUGCUCUUCAUGCCAGGUUGUUUUGUUGGGUCUAUUUUAGUCUGUCACAUUUGUCACCAUUUUGUCAGAGUGUGUACUCGCACUUCAACUGCGAUAGGAAGUCUAAUAAACACAAUGAAGAAACAAGA